UUAAAUGUCUCAGACUUUCGAAACGUGCCCCAGAACGAUUCGGAGAAUACUAAAAACAAAUAAAUCGAACCCAAAUAAAAAAAGAGUGUAAUGCUGCAGCUAUAAAAAAAGCUAAGUUACUUUAAUCCAAGUUGGAUGUACAGUGAUGGUCCUAGUGAGCAACGAAUGGCUGACAAAUAAUGAUCACCAGAAACCAAGCCCAGCAUCGCCGACUACAGCACCAGUAGCAGUCGGAGCCAUAGCAUUGAGCAACAUAACGGAUAUAGACACGGAACUUCCUGAGACGACCAAACCUGAAACCGGGGGAGGACUAUCGACUAUCAAGCGAAAGAAGGCCCAGUACGCCGCAAGCAUGGAAGCUGGAAAAAAAUUUGAGCAGGACCAACUUUUCCAGAUAAUGGAUAUGAACGAACUCAUUGCGACUGGCAGAAACAAUGAGGAGGCGAUUGAGAAUCAGGAAAAUAACAACAUGCAAGUCUGUUACUCUAAUACAAAUACAUUGCAGGGUGUAUCCAGUCUCGACCGUCGUGCGACUGCGCAGAUGCCAGCUGCUGUCUCGCAGCAGGUGCUUAACUUGGCCAUGAAGUCCGUGCUGAAUGCAAACAAUUCCGGGGUCGGUGUUGGAGUAACAAGUGUUAGCAGUCUGUUAAGUUCCCUGGGCGCACUAAACAGUAGUGCUUUACAAUUGGAACAGGCGAAGGAUUGUGGCACUUUGCUGGUCGCUUCGGUUGAUUCAACGGCCCCUGUCGACUUAAUCAAAACAUUGGAGUCGGCCACAACUUCAAGCACGGGUGAUGCAAAAAUAGUUUUACAGUGCGAGGCCAAGUCGCAUAAAUUCGACACAAGAUCCAUACCUUUGCAGCCGAACAAGGAUUGCAAGGUAGGCCGCCUUAUAGCCAAAAGCAAGGCGAGUGAAGGAAACGCGAUUUUUGACUGUAAGGUUUUAUCAAGAAACCACGCAAUGCUGUGGUACACUCCGGACGGUCGUUUCUGGGUCAAAGAUACAAAAUCUAGCAACGGUACCUUUAUCAACGACAACAAGCUGGGUAAUGAUCCGGCAGAACUUCAUUCCGGGGACACCGUCAAGUUCGGAGUUGAAGUGAUUGAGAACUCUCGGCAGGAGGUGCACGGCUGUAUUAUUGCCCGUGUCUCCCUCUUUCUACCAGAUGGCCGAGAGGCUAUUUCGAUAGACGCGGGUCAGAUGCUGUUGUCCGGGCAUAACCGAAUUAGCUUUGACGAAAUUCAACGCCUAAAUUCCUUCCUUCAGGAGGCUGCGCAGCGAGAGAAGACGUUGAAGGCUAAGUUAAGCAGCUUACAAAGCGUUCUUGAUACCACCCGAAAGAACUCUGCGUUGUGCUGGCAGAGUAUGAUAACUGAAGACCAGUUAUUACACAAGAUCAACUUAUUGGAAAAGAAGCUGCAGGUGAUGGAAAAGAACGUUCCAGAGAAUGCACUUCGAAACGAGAUUGUGAAGCUUCUUGAGGAUAAAACCGCAUACCAGUUGACUGCCAAAGAGGCCCUGCGAAAGGUUUACCAGGAACGGUGCGAUGCUAUCCAAAUGCUCUCUAAGAUGGAAAUGGCCUACGCCACCUCAGAAAACGAGUGCGGCAUAUUGCGUGCUCAAGUCUUAACAUCGAAGCAGACAAUGCAGGACUUUAAUGCUCGGUUAGAGCAACUUCAGCAGGAGUACACGGAGUACAAGCAGGAAUCAUUGCGGCAGCAACAAGAGGCUAAGGAACAGGAAGAUCACAAUUUGGAGCUCCUUAAGGAGAAGCUGAUUACACAAGAGCACGAAGUUGAGGAACUUCGUCUACAGGUUACUCAGCUCCAACAGUUCCUUGCCGAGCAUGAUAGUGAACAAUUGAAGGAGAAAGAUGUCUUGAAUCAAUUAGAUGCAAUCUUACCCAACGAUGACGAAUAUAAUAACAAAGGUCACGGGCCGGACGGAAAAGAGAAUCAAAAAAGUUAUAUUCAGAAUCGUUUGUCUGCAACACAGGAUCAUUUAAUAAUGGACCUCGAUCAGCAUACAGCAGAGUCAGCAACACAAAAGGAUAAGCUGAAAUUAAGUGAAUUAGACUUGGAAAAAAUCAUAUGCAAUUCAAGCGUCAUAAAGUUGCUAAAGAAUUCUGAUCUUUGCAAAAGCGAAGACGGCUCAGCAGUGUUGAAAGCCAUUUUUAGCGAUGACGAUGAAGAUUCCGAAUGCGGAAUUAAGGAGGGAAAUGGAAAAAUGCAAGCUUCAAAUGUUGGAACAGAUUUAGUUCUAAGCGGGUUCGAUUCGGGUAUCAAGCGCGAGACAGCAGAAACCGUAGAAGAGUUUGUCCGAAAUUAUUCAAGGGAUGAACGACUCAAUGGAAUUAAUGAAAUGUUUGAGAAAUCGGCUGCAAAGAGCUCCUCGGCUCACAAAUUAGAAAGCCAGAACACGCUUGUGCGCGUUGAGGAAAAUCUUUAUAAUCCAUCUGACUUUCCCACAGAGUACGCCCUAGAAAUGCUACAGGAGGAAUGUCAUACAUACAAGAGAAAGACGGAGCACUUGACUGUUGAAAAUCACUCCAUGCGCGAGCAGAUCGAUCUCCUAAGGAAGCAGCUACAGCAAGAGGUUACGCACGAUGCAAAAACAAAGUUGGAGGAACUCAGAAAUGAAAAAAGGCAAGACGAUAGCCAAAAUAAGACAGAGAAUGACUGGAAGGAGGACAUGGCAGCCAUGAAUAACUCGCAAGUGGAUCAGGAGGAGGAACUUAUUGUUUACAAGGAACGACUUGAGCAUUCGGAGCGUAACAACUUGGAGCUUCGUAAAGAAAUAUCGGCUCUGCACCUUGAUCAGCAGCACAUUCCACCUAUAAAACAAGUGCUACUGCACCGUGUUUUACCUCUUGGCUGUGUCGCCAUUGCUCUUCUCAUCUAUUUAUUUUACAACCAAAUUUGAGUUGUAAAAUUUUUCAACAAUUCACUUAUAAAAAUUAACAAAUUAACUCGCAAGCGAAAAGCUAUUGUAGCGAUUUGAAUGAUAGUACACAUCGAAAUGGCAGUAUAUUCAGAAAAUAGUCAUGUUCUCAUCAAGCUUUAUUAUAUUUUCCUUUCCUUGUUUUCAAAUUGACACCGAGUGUAAAAUUAAAGUCGUAAUUUUGAACUACAAAAAUUUUACCUGAAGGCGGCAAUCUUAGCAAAUUUAGGUAUUCUUGCGUGAAUAAGCUCGACCACUUAUACAGCUUUAUGUAAGAAACUGCAGUCAAAACUACAAAAUAUAUUAUUCAGCUCAUUUAUGUUUAUGCUUAAUAUUAA